UGUUUCUUUCUCCUACCAUGAAUCAUAUAUUACUUUAAGAAUUCUAGUGAAUGAAAUAGAAGGAAAAUUAGCAUGUAAAAAUAUUGUAAAUAACAGCUACAUCAUCAGCUUCUCAGGUUUAGGUAUGUGAUCUAGAGGAUCUAGCAGCCAGCCUUAUAGUGCAUUGUGAGCGAUUGUCAGGUUUAGGGUAACAACGAUCGAGGUGUCCUGGGACAGUCUAACCAGAUGUUAAGGGCUAACUGCCUUUCCUUUAAGAGGACAAGUGUAGAGACAGGUUCAGAGAAGCUAACCCUAGAACAGUCUAGAAUAAUGCCAGAUAAAGCAAUUAGAAGCAGAAAUAAAAGUCGAACAGCAACAAAUGCAACCAAUGUUUUCACGGUUUGAAGUGAAGAUUUCGCUUUCAUCUUCUUUUUAUAAGACUAUUGACUUUUUAUAAGAGCUACAGUCUUCACUUCCCUGCAUUCUUAUCUGUUGCUAAAGGUGAGGGCAUUUUACCAGGUGAAAUAUUGUGGCUCGGCAAAAGUCAAUGCACCCUUCCAACAAUUUUAUUUUUUGAAAUCAGAGGUGUAGUGCUAGGGGGUUCAAGGAGACUGACCUCCCCUUGUUAAUGCCGAAAAUUAGCAAAUUUCUACUGUGCUAUUGUUCAUAGCAACAUUGUGUGCAAGAGCCCCCCUUGUUAUUUUCAUAGCACUACACUACUGUUUGAAAUGUAUUUGUUUGCUUUUUUGUAAAGAAGACAUCAAGCAAAGUUUCAUUUUAUAAAUACUUGAUCUCCCAGAGUAUCACAAGCACCAGAGACGAUAAUUCGUAAUUUUUAAAAAAUUAUUUUAAAAGUGCUUUACAAAAAUCCCAAGCUAGUGUUUCAUGUUACGAAAAUUAUUAUUGAAGAUAGGUAGAAAUGAUUCGUUGGACGAUUGUGUACCCAUGUUAGUAAGACGAACUCUUUGCUAAUAAACGACUGAAUCGGUACUUAUUUUUGUAUAUUGGAAGAGCUUCCGUUAUCCGGCUCUUUUGUGAUUAUUUUUCUAUCUAAAACGUAGCUCGUUGUAAACAUGCAUUAAAAACGUCUUUUAGUACUAAAUCCAAAACACGAUUAAGAAACUGCUCAGGUAUCCCGAAAAUAGUCUCUUACAAAAAGUGCCUGUUCUAGUGAAGUUUAGCUUGACCGAAGUGAAAUCUCAUCCUAAAUUCAUAUUUUCAUUCGAAAUUAAUGUAACAUGCUAUAACCUUUUAAUCUUUCUCUGUCGAUCAAUCAUUGAUUCCUCAAAAGUCACUAAUAAAUCGAUUGACUCGAUUUUCCAAAGGGGCUUUAGUCUUGCAAAACAUUGGGACCAAAGAAUGUCCCUCUAAGAUUUAAAACGAAAUCCAAUCUCGAGGUUAAAUUGCAUUAAUAUAAUUUUUGAUAAAACUGGGCAUGGAUGUAAACAAACAGAUCAGCUGUAAUGUCCCACACUGAAUAGCAGACAAGACGAUUAAAAAUGGUGUUAUUGGCUGUGAUGUUCGUUUGGUUGGUCCUUUAUUCGCUUUUAUUGACUUUCUGCAUUCCAGGCGUUACAUUUCAACCACACAGGUGUCACUUGAGCAUAAGGGAAGCAAUUGCUCUCCGUUCCUCGUUAAGGCAAGGCCGCCUAUUUUCAAAAUUAUCUUUUGCGAUAGUGGAAAACGAUUAUGUUCAGAUUGCUUCCACCAGGACAUACUUUAAUCGAUAAAUCAUGUUGCCGUAAACUUGGCUGCUUAUCAGGACACGUAGAUGACAAGCGAAAUCGCAAAAGUAUUUACUGUUCGUAGAUAAACGAAGACCAACGCCAGUUUCAACAAAGUCAUGCGCAAGAACUUCACCAUUUUUAUUUAUUAGAGCGCUAUCUAUUGCCCUUUCCUGUUCGUCACGAGCCCCAGAAGCAUAAAUUGACGAUAAAAUGGCAAGCAUCGAAGGAAAGUGUCUCGUUCUAGUCAACGUGAAUCUUCGUCGCUUUCAAAGAUGCGUCUCCAUCCAUUACCAUAUCACCAACGCCAGAGCGAUCGUGGGAAAGGCUUCGUUGCGAGGAAGUGGCAACAUGGAGAUUGAAGAUAGUUAUACUGGGAUGAUAUCAACUCCAGUGAGAAGUGUCUCUGUCAUCUACAUCUCAACCAGACUAAUAAUUAGUGCUACAUGGAUGAGACAAAUUCCCAACUUGAUUCAAAAAGAGGGGUCAAUUGGAAACAAAACAAACGGAAUGGUAAUGAAAAAGAGGCAUAGUGAAGAUGGAAGCAUACACGAGGGAUUAUUCCAGUUCGAUAAAGCAUUUGCCCAAGAAAUCAAAUAUUUGUUUGCUGAGCUAGACUUUGAUCUUUACAUGUGUCGCGAAAAACAGGAUGCAAUGAAGCAACAGUAUGCCAAGUACCAAAAAGAUCUUACUUGGAAGUUCAAGGAGCAAAAUGAGACCCUAGUUUACUUUGUUCGAGGUAAUGAAGCAGUCAGAGUGUCAAACGAAAUGGGUAUGAAUGAGGCGAAACAAAUACCGAUGGAUUACUCAGACAACAACAGAUCGAAUCACCAGAUAGAUGUUGCAGUUGAAGACUAUUUGGAACAAUGUCUCAACGAACGUACGGUGGAUGUUACGAUUGAGGACUACCUGCGACAAUGUAUCAAAGAACGCAGGACGGAUGUUACGGUUGAGGACUAUUUGGACAAAUGUCUGAAAAAACUUGCGACUGAUGUUACAGUUGAAGCCUAUCUGCAACAAUGUCUUAACGAACGUGCAAAAGACGUUACCGUUGAAGACUACUUGAACCAAUAUCGCCACGAACGUAUUGAAGAUGUCACAGUUGAAGCCUGUCUGCAACAAUGUCUCAACGAACGUGCAAGAGACGUUACCAUUGAAGACUACUUGAACCAAUAUCGCCACGAACGUAUUGAAGAUGUUACAGUUGAAGCCUAUCUGCAACAAUGUCUCAACGAACGUGCAAAAGACGUUACCGUUGAAGACUACUUGAACCAAUGUCUCCACGAACGUAUUGAAGAUGUUACAGUUAAAGCCUAUCUGCAACAAUGUCUCAACGAACGUGCAAGAGACGUUACCAUUGAACACUACUUGAACCAAUGUCUCAACGAACGUGCAAAAGAUGUUACAGUUGAAGCCUAUCUGCAACAAUGUCUCAACGAACGUGCAAAAGACGUUACGGUUGAAGACUACUUGAACCAAUGUCUCAACGGACGUGCACAAGAUGUUACAGUUGAAGACUAUUUGAACCAAUGUCUCAACGAACGUGCAAAAGAUGUCACGGUUGAAGACUAUUUGAACCAAUGUCUCAACGAACGUGCACAAGAUGUUACAGUUGAAGACUAUUUGAACCAAUGUCUCAACGAACGUGCACAAGAUGUUACAGUUGAAGACUAUUUGAACCAAUGUCUCAACGAACGUGCACAAGAUGUUACAGUUGAAGACUAUUUGAACCAAUGUCUCAACGAACGUGCACAAGAUGUUACAGUUGAAGACUAUUUGAACCAAUGUCUCAACGAACGUGCACAAGAUGUUACAGUUGAAGACUAUUUGAACCAAUGUCUCAACGAACGUGCAAAAGAUGUUACGAUUGAAGACUAUUUGAACCAAUGUCUCAACGAACGUGCAAAAGAUGUCACGGUUGAAGCCUAUUUGGACCAAUGUCUCAACGAACGUGCAAAAGAUGUUACGAUUGAAGACUAUUUGGACCAAUGUCUCAACGAACGUGCAAAAGAUGUUACAGUUGAAGACUAUUUGAACCAAUGUCUCAACGAACGUGCAAAAGAUGUCACGGUUGAAGCCUAUUUGGACCAAUGUCUCAACGAACGUGCAAAAGAUGUUACGAUUGAAGACUAUUUGGACCAAUGUCUCAACGAACGUGCAAAAGAUGUUACGAUUGAAGACUAUUUGGACCAAUGUCUCAACGAACGUGCAAAAGAUGUUACGAUUGAAGACUAUUUGGACCAAUGUCUCAACGAACGUGCAAAAGAUGUUACGAUUGAAGACUAUUUGGACCAAUGUCUCAACGAACGUGAUUCAGAAAUCCUGACAGAAGCAGAGGAAGAUGUUUGGAGUAUGUUUAGAUAUGAUUUGGCUGAAGGAAGUUCAAGGUUGCUUUCGUACGAUACUGCUGACGACGAAAAAUUAUCAAAAAAUCGAAACAACACUGAUUAUCUGAUGACAGAUGCUAACAAUAAUGUAAAUAAGGAGGCGGGAGAGGGAAUCAGAACACAAGGCAGCCGUCUGAAAAAUUUGUGUGCUGAAGAAAUGCAGCUUGACUUGGCAGAAAAUCAGCCUGAAACAAAAAAUGAAUCUACCCGCAAAGCGAGCCCUCUGAUCGUAGAAGAAAACCUCUUUGAGCAAUAUCAAUCGGUUGAUGAAUCCAUUUACGAGGUCGAUUUUUCUGGAUAUCAUGAUGAUUUAACAGGCAGCAAGUACAGCAUUGUCGAAGAAGACAUUGCAGCAUGCUCGUUUGCAGAAAAAGAAAUGCUUUCAAUGGAAGAAGCUUUAGAGCGCCAGGGAAUGAUUUAUUCGGCAGAGCUAUGGCUAAUUUUCGUCCCUUACCGCAGAUCUCCCUGGACACAAGUAUCAGUGAGUUAUUAUGAUAACUUCACAUUCGACUGGAGCAUAUCAAGAAUUGAAGAGGCGUCUGCGUUGGAAACUGCUGCUGAGAGUGUCGGAAAUGGAAAUGAUGAAAACAACACAUUUCUUAGCGGCGGAUUUUGUACCAGGGUUGAAGAGGACGUAAUAGCACAGAACCAGGUGGCAGUUGUUUUAGAAGAAAUUCAGUUUUCUUCACUCGAUGAUGUAGAUUGUUCAAAGCAAAAUGACGUCACUGAGAAGGAAAACAACGUAACAGCUUUGGGAGAGUCAAAGCCAGACGGAGUCAAUGGCUUAGGAGAUCCUCGAAACACAAAAUAUGAUAUUGCAAUUGUGAAAAUUGAUCACAACCAUACCGAGAAAAAACGAGAGGCAACAGGAAAAGAGUUUUCCUCGUUAUCAAGUCUGUCAAAGAAAGGCUUUAUGUACAAAUCCAGAGAGAAGGUAUUCGUAGGUCACGAGGCAGAAAGUUCCAGUGGGUGGAACAGUCUAGAAAAAAUCCAAUAUAAACAGACUAAGUUGAUCUCUGUGCCAGAGACGCUGCGCAGGACGGUAUCUAGUGAACUAAUUAAAGUGAACACUUCAGGUGCUGACAAAGAUGUGGAGGAGAAAGAAACGUCAAGCAAAGAAGUGUACUCUGGUUCAUUGCUCAUUUCACCAUUUCAAGGCUUUGGGAAAAACCUGAAAGAAAGUAAUGUAUAACGCGUAACACAAGCGAAUGCUUUAAUUAAAUGUAUUUUAUUAACAAAUAUAGUUGAUUUACUUAACUAAUUAUUCUUUAACAGCUGAUUUGUAUAAAGAUUUAGAAAACGGUUACGUCGGCGGAUAGGCUCAGUUUAUUCAUGACUUAUUGAAUAGGCUCAGUUUAU